CCAAACAAAGAUAUGAGGAUCUUCACAAAGCUCUCUGCACCACUCUGCCUCCUUUUUGUCUUCCUCUGUCUUAAAACUGUCUUUUCAUCCUCUAUACAUGCUUCUCCCUUGUCAACAACGCAUCUCUGCUCUCAUGAGGAGGCUCUUGCUUUGCUGCAAUUCAAGACAUCCUUCUCCAUCAAUUACACUGUUCCGUAUCCACAUUUUCCAGAAUCUUUUGUGGAUAUGUUUUAUACUAAACCUAAUUAUUCUAAGAUUGAGUCAUGGAAGGAAGGUAUAGACUGUUGUUCCUGGGAUGGGGUUAGCUGUGAUAAUGUCACUGGCCAUGUAAUUGCCCUUAAUCUCAGCUGCAGUUUCCUUUAUGGCACCUUUCCUUCCAACAGCACUCUUUUCUUCCUCAAAAACCUGCAGAGCCUCAAUCUUGCCUUGAAUGAUUUUAGGCAUUCCAAGAUUCCAUCGGAAAUCAGUCAGUUUACUAGACUAAAGCAUCUUGAUGUCUCUUAUUCUCAGUUUUCGGGCCAAGUUCCGAGAGAAAUUGCUCACCUCCCCAAGUUAGUUUCUCUCAAUCUCUCCAAUUUUGACUUGAUCCUUGAAACAACGACCUUCAAAAAUCUUGUUCAUAACUUGAGUGAGGUGAGAGAAAUUGUGCUUGAAGGAGUGAACAUGACUUCUGUUAAUCCUCGUUUCUUCAUGAAUCUCUCUUCUUCAUUGACUACUCUUCAUCUCUGGGAGAGUGCAUUAAGAGGAAACUUUCCAAACAAUAUUUUCCGCUUUUCAAAUCUCAAGAUAUUUAGUUUAGGUGGAGAGGUCACUAUUGAUCUUCCAAGUUCCAAUUGGAGCAGUCCUCUCCAACAGUUGUAUUUACUUGAUAUGGAUUGCGGAAGGCGAUUGCCAGAGUCUAUAGGAGAUCUUAAGUCAUUACGGUCUCUGGGUCUUGGUUGCAACUUGGAAGGUACCAUUCCAGCUUCCAUAGGUAACUUAGGGCAACUUACUAUCCUAUUCCUCUAUUCUAACUAUCUUAGUGGACAAAUCCCAUCAUCACUUGCAAACCUCACCCAACUUACCUUUCUUUACCUUUCCUAUAAUCAGUUUUCUGGUCCCAUUCCAGCUUCCAUAGGUAACUUAAGGCAACUCACUAGGCUAUACCUCUUUUAUAACAAUCUUAGCGGGCAAAUCCCAUCAUCACUUGCAAACCUCACCCAACUUAGCUUUCUUGACCUUUCCGAUAAUCAGUUUUCUGGUCCCAUUCCAGCUUCCAUAGGUAACUUAGGGCAACUUACUAUCCUAGACCUCUCUUCUAACAAUCUUAGCGGACAAAUCCCAUCAUCACUUGCAAACCUCACCCAACUUAUCACUCUUGAACUUUUCAAUAAUCAGUUUUCUGGUCCCAUUCCAGCUUCCAUAGGUAACUUAAGGCAACUCACUAGGCUAGACCUCUUUUAUAACAAUCUUAGCGGACAAAUCCCAUCAUCACUUGCAAACCUCACCCAACUUACCUCUCUUCACCUUUCCAGCAAUCAGUUUUCUGGUUCCAUUCCUUUUCAUGCUAUUAGGUUUUCCAAACUAAGCGAGCUAGGCUUAUCUUAUAACUUACUUAAUGGCACGUUGCCACCUUGGAUUUUCACCCUACCUUUAUUAGAGAACUUGAACCUCAAUCAUAACCAAUUUCAAGGUCAAAUAAAUCAAUUCCGGCAAAACUCCCUCACACACCUAGAUUUGUCAAACAACAAACUCCAGGGCUCAAUUCCUAACUCCAUUGCUAAUUUAGUAAAUCUUAGUUAUCUGGAUUUAUCAUCAAAUCAUUUUAGUGAUUUAGUAGAACCUGACAUGUUCUUGGCGCUUCAAAAUCUGGAAACCAUCUUUCUUUCGGACAAUAAUCUGUCCUUGAGAAUGAAUGUCAAUGCCAACUUCACAUUACCCAAACUAACCGAUGUUUCCUUUUCUUCUUGUAACUUGAGUGAAUUCCCCAAUUUCAUAAGACAUUCAAAUGGUCUGCAAAGCCUAGUGCUGUCCAAAAAUAGCAUUCAUGGAAAUAUUCCCCAAUGGAUAUGUGAAAAGGAUGAUCUCCAAAUUCUUGACCUUUCUCAUAACAAUUUAAUCGGGAAGAUUCCAAAUUGUCUUCUUAAGUCUCUCUCAGUGUUGAAUUUGCAGGCCAAUUACUUUGGUGGAAAUGUACCAUUUGGGUUUCCAGAGGGCUGUGGAUUACGAAAUCUCAACUUACAUGGAAAUCAAAUAGACGGGCUAUUACCAAGGUCUUUGGUGAAUUGUAGCAUGUUAGAGGUUCUAGACGUUGGCAACAACAGCAUAGAGGAUACAUUUCCUCAUUGGUUGGAAUCUCUACCAGAGCUUCAAGUGCUUGUCUUAAGGUCCAACAAGUUCCACGGUUUUGUGCAGAGCACCAAAGAGAGUCCAUCUUUUCCCAAGUUACGAGUUCUGGACCUCUCCAGCAAUGAUUUUCGUGGCCCUUUGCCUGUUCGGUACAUUGAAAAUUUUAAAGCAAUGAUGGACCCUCAUGGAGAGGAUGGUUCCCCUGAAUACAUGACGGCGCCAACGAAUUCUUAUCAAUAUUCACUGGUUGUGACAUGGAAGGGAUUUGACUAUGAGCUGCAGGGAAUCUUGACCAUAUUCAGUAGUAUUCAUCUCUCAAAUAACAAGUUUGCGGGAGAAAUUCCAGAUGUUAUUGGAAAGCUUAGUUCUCUCAAAGGGCUUAAUCUUUCUCAUAACAACCUUACUGGUCAUAUUCCUCCGUCACUAGGGAAUUUGACGAAUCUGGAAUGGUUGGAUCUCUCUUCCAACGAGCUGGCGGGGAAAAUUCCUGAUGAAUUGGUAUCUUUGACACAACUCUCUCUAUUGAAUCUUUCAAAUAAUCAUCUUGUCGGGCGCAUACCACAAGGCAGUCAGUUCAACACCUUUGGAAAUGGUUCUUAUGAAGGAAACCUUGGACUGUGUGGAAUCCCAUUGUCAAAAUCUUGUGAUGGAAUUGGGACACCGCCGAGCUCCUUCCAAGAAAAAGAUGAGUUGUGGAGAUUUGGCUGGAGAGCUGUGGUGUUAGGCUAUGGAUGUGGAGUUGUUUUUGGACUGCUGAUGGGAUAUCUUGUCUUCCGAACAGGAAAACCGAAAUGGUUUGUGUCUUUGUUUGAUGGCCGACCAAGUCAAAGUGGAAGGAAGAUGAGGAAAGCCAGAAGACUUUUUCAAAGAAGAAGCUAGUUGCAGAGUUGAUGUUUUAGAGCUUCUGAUUUAAUGUUUCUUGGCUUGAAGAUUGAUAGCUCUUAUAAUUAGUGAAUAGCAAUUGAAAUCUGAGUUUUAGUAUGGAAACAUCAACAAAGUUGAAAAAGAUAAAUAUAUGAAGUUGAAGAAC